CGCACACAGCUGGUGAAAGGGAACAGUCGCAGUUGGUAGUGUUCACUAAUAACUUGAUCGCGUUUAAGUUGCGGAAUAUCCCUGUGUAAGUGCCGGGAAAUCCUAGGGAAAAAGAAAAGAAAAUGUGAUCUGUAACCUAUAUAUAAGAACACAGCACGUAGCGCUGAACAGCAGUUGUUAUUAAUCGUUGUCGGUGCCAGCUUCUAUACAGCAUACAUUCCGUUUCAACAUGAUAAAGAUUUUUGUUCUGACCAUUUGUUCACUGCUAUUACUUGUGAAACUUGAACAUAAUAGCGUUGAAGCAACUAAAUCAAACAAAAGUGAAAAAGGGUUUGAUUACGACGGUAAAGAAAACGGAGGUGAAUCUGAUGUUGGAAAAGGUCAGCAUCACAAAAUCUUGUUUCAAGAGCCAAAGAAAUUCCUAUUAUUAACCAGAGACCACAUUAGAGAAGCAACUGCUUACGGAGCUGGCGGGGGUUAUUCCCUUCAAAUACAAGUUGCAGUUCCGUUACAGACACCAUAUUCAUCAAAAAGAGGUGGUUCCGGAGGUUACGAGGGAUCAGCAUCAGCAGGAGACAGUGAAGUUCCUAUUCCUGUGCCUGUUUAAUUUGAAAUACGAAUCUCUCCUUAAAAUCUUAUAAGGAGUAUAGGCUAAAUUCAACCAUUAUUACAGUUUACGUAUAGGCCUUCUACGCCUUCUAUAUACUCUAAACUCUAUCAGUCACAUCCUUUUGCCAAUUUCGACGUCCUUUUGGUCCUUUUUCACAUGUGUUACAUAUCUUCGCAUAUCUUUUCAUUGUUUCUUUAUAUACGAAACAUUAUUUUCUAAAAGUUAUAGAGCAUGUUAUCAAGCGGAGCAAUUUUUCUUGAUUUUGUUGUAGUAUUUUUGUGGAUAUAUUUUUCACCUUUGAAUCGCGAAAUACAUUCACAAUU